AUGGCAGCAGCGAGCUCGUCCUCUGCCUCUUCCACGUCCAAGCUCGAUGUGCCAUUGCAUAUUAAGUAUAUCCAGAAUUUAGACAAGCGCCAGGAUCUAGCAUAUCAUCUCACCUCGCAUCUCCGUCUCAAUGGGAUAUACUGGGGACUGACGGCUUCUCAUAUAAUGGGGCAGCCCUCGGCGCUGGAUAGAGAAGGCGUAAUAGAGUAUGUCUUAUCAUGCUGGGACGAGGAAGCAGGUGCUUUCGGACCUCAUCCGAAUCAUGAUGGACACAUAUUAGCUACAUUAUCAGGGAUACAGAUUAUGUUGAUGGAGGAUGCGAUCGAUAGGGUCGAUGUGGAUAGUGUAACGAAGUUCCUCCUUGACCGAAUCAACCCCGAUGGCUCUGUCUCUGGCGAUUCAUGGGGUGAGAUCGACACUCGAUUCACCUACAUCCUCUUAUCAUCCCUAUCUCUAUUGGGCAGACUCAAUCACAUACCUCAAGACAAAAGGGAGAAGAUAGUAGAGUAUAUAAGUAGAUGCAGGAAUUUCGAUGGUGGAUUUGGGAGAGUUCCAGGAGCAGAGAGUCAUUCAGGACAAGUAUGGGUCUGUACUGCCGCUUUAUCGAUACUGGAUAGACAAGAUUUGAUCGAUAUACCUCUAUUGGGAGCAUGGUUAUCUGAGAGGCAAUUGCCUAAUGGUGGUUUGAAUGGACGUCCGGAGAAGCUGGAAGACGUCUGUUACUCUUGGUGGUGUCUCGCUUCCAUAUCGAUAUUGGGUAAAUUGAAUUGGAUCAAUAAAGAUAAAUUGAUACAUUUCAUCUUAGGUGCUCAAGAUCUGGAAGAUGGUGGGAUAGCAGAUAGACCAGGUGAUUGGGUAGAUGUAUUUCAUACGAUAUUUGGUGUAGCUGGUUUAUCUCUCCUAGGUUAUCCAGGAUUAGAAGAUAUAGAUCCAGUAUAUUGUAUGCCAGCGAGAUUAAUUGAUAAACUAGGAUUAAGGAAACCUUACGCUACUUUACCAAGAAUGGUCACAUACCCAUGA